AUGCCUCCCGCCCCACACCAACAGCAGUUCGGCCCCUCUGCCCCUUACCCGCCACACCAUGGACCUCUCUUUCAUGUGUCACAGCCUGCCCAGUGGACUGUCUACAAUCUGGCCGCCUACGGCCCACCACGUACGCCACCGCCUGCCGCCCGCCAUAAGCCACACUACUCAGACAGCAAAGGGCACCAACCUCAGCUCCAGUCUCGGCGCGAGGGAUACCAUGCCGCGCAGGCAAAAAGGCAAGAGGCAGCGGCCGCAGCCAAUUCUCCAAACCGCAUCAAAGCUGCAGCUGAAUUGCUGCCAGAAGAGCAACCGAAGCUCGACGCAGUGGACGUCGAGGAACGGGAGGAGCUCGCGCACAAGUUUGCUGCGGCGAUUCUGGCCAUGCCAUCCAGCCUUGCCCGCGAACUGUCGCACAUGUCGUUGGCGGCAGGAAUCGGCAAUUGCUCCCCUGCGAUACUUCAGCUUGAUGCCUGCAACACCUUUGAAGUCGCUGACUCGUAUCAAUGUUAUUUUGUCCCGGUGGUUACACCCCCUGUGCAGACCUUUGGGCAAACCGGAGCACAUGCUCCGGGGUACCGCUACAGCUAUGUGUGGUGCCAUGGCACCGACAUCAGCACUGCCGCCUCCAUUUUCAAAGAGCUCCAGGCCUCAGUAGGAGAGUUGGAUCUGCAUUCGGUGCAGACAGCUGUUGCCAAAGAGUUGCGUAUUUCGAAGGGCCUCCAGGGCAUGCUGAUCAUGGGCGAAUGCCACACAGUCCAGCCUCACCUGAAGGUGUCCUGGUCGGACACAGUCGAGGAAUCUCGCCUUUGCUUCCGGCGAGGAGCCAUCCGCGCAAAGGAUCGCUGGGCCUUCAAUGUUGCUUUCACCCGAAUCCGGGGCCCCCCACUUCCUUUCCUCGCCUCCCCGCACCGUCCUUUGCAACAUGGGCACUGGCCUACGGCACCGGCCCACAACACCUUCAUGCCACUACACCCCACUUUGGGAUCCAUGUCUGGACUCGCCAAAACCAUCUUCCCCUGCAAUACCUUCGCACCAUAUCCGGGGCCCGGAAGCCAGACAAAAGCCUCUGCGCCGGAGCCCUCCGCCAAUUUUCAUCACAUCUCCGGCCACCCUCCCGCCUCGCGAUCGCCUACUGCCUCAGGCGGUCCCGGAACAGCCACUCCGCAGCCUCCUAUGACCCUGCCUGUGCCCGAGGACUGGCUGCAGGACAGUGACUACCUGGACACCCGUCGCAGCGUAGGGAACCUCAGUUGUCCUCGACACGUCGUGUCCUCCUCUUGGGCACGAGAGAAGGGAAUCGCUGGUAUUCUCGUCAUGAACCUGCAUCCUGCUCAUUUCCUAUACCAGGGAUGGAACAGCUAUUGGCUUCGAUGGAUCGCCAGCGGGAAAAAGGCCUACUUUGUAGUGGCCCGCGCCAAGGCUGAAAUGGUGUUGGCCGGCGAGCUUUUAUCACAAAUUCGGUCUAAUUCCUCGUCGACCAAGUGA